CUUUAAUUGGAGAACAUAUAUAUGACGCUUAUUUUUCUUAAUUACGUUUUUCCAAAUCUUAAUUGCCUUCCUUUUAUAUUAAUUUAGUUUUCCUCUCUUUCUCUCUCUCUCUUCUUCUUCUUGUGGGUUGUGUCUUUUGGUGGUGGGAUGCUUGUCACCUACUCUUCCUUGUUCCGCUCUCCCUUGUUCUCCUUCCCCCCUCUCUCUAGAAAAAUAAUGGAAAAAUAGAAGCUUCACACUUCCAUCACCUUCUCCCUCUCUCCAAAACUUGGUGAUAUUUUUUCUUCGAAGUUUUCCAGUGGUCUUCUGCUUCUGUUGCUAUGGAGAAGCACACUUGCAAGCUCUGCUUCCGCCGCUUCGCCAACGGCCGAGCGCUAGGCGGUCACAUGCGGUCCCACGUAACUUUGGCCACUCCUCCGGCCAAAGCCCAGCUACUCCACGACUCCUCCGCCUCCUCCACCUCCGCCUUCUCCCGGGAAGCGGCGGCGGCCGCGCUGGAGGAAGUAGAAGAGCGGGGAGGCGACGUGGAAGGGAAGGGGAUUGGGCUCUGCUAUGGCCUUAGAGAGAAUCCAAGGAAGAGCUUUCGGCUAGUGGAUCCGGAAUUCUCCUCGUCCUUCCCAGCCGUGGAGGCCGUCUCUUCCUCCAUCGUCCAGGACCGGGAGAGCGAGACCGAGUCCUCCCGCGAUCCGCCAUCCCAUCGCCGCCGCUCUAAGCGCCCACGCCAGGCCGCUCCACCACCCCCGCCGGAGCCCCCCGAGCCGGAGCCGGCGAGCUCCGUCUCCGACACCACCCCCGAGGAGGACGUCGCCCUCUCCCUCAUGAUGCUCUCCCGCGACUUCUGGACCAAGACCAAGACUCAAGCAGAGGACGAAGACGAGGAGCAGCGAUCGAACGGCUGGGACGAAGAGGAUGACGCGGAGGAGGAGGAGAACGAGGGGCAGAUCGUCGCCAGUCGAUCGCGGCCGCUGCCGCCAGCGGCGAGGGGGAGGAGCAAGUACCAGUGCGGCACGUGCAAGAAGGUGUUCCGGUCGUACCAGGCGCUGGGGGGCCACCGGGCGAGCCACAAGAAGAGCAGGGGAGGAUGCAUCCCGGCCGUCCAGACCCAGAUCCACGACGCGGAGUCCUCCAAGGGCAAUGCGGAUAGGGAGGCCAACAAGGUCCACGAGUGCCCCUUCUGCUUCCGCGUCUUCGGCUCCGGCCAGGCCCUCGGCGGCCACAAGCGCUCCCACCUCGUCUCCUCCGCCGCCGCCACCACCAUUACCAUCUCCUCGCCGGCGCCGCUCCCUCCAUCGCCAUCCUUGCCUCGCAUCAUCGGCAGGUGCGGCGAGAACUUCAGCUUCAUCGAUCUCAACCUUCCCGCUCCAUUGGAGGACGACACCGAGCUCUCCGCCGUCUCCGAUGCGGAGUUCAUUGCAAAGCGACGAAACCUUCCAUCAAAUUGACAGUUGCCACUCUCUUCAUCUUCAUCUACACUCCCCAAUUCGAUCACUCUGAACUCCAGAGCAAGAAGAUGAAGUACAGAAUCCGGUUGAAUUGUGAGCCGAUUCGAAGUUUCGAGGUAAGAACGAUGAAACCAACUAAACCAACCAAGAAAAAAUCGGGACGAAGUUUAAUAUUUUCAGCAUUCUGGUGAUUUGCUGAUUUCUUUGUAGUCUAUCUAUUGCUCCUCCUUUGCUUCUGCUGACAUUAAUCUCCAUUUUUAUGGUUUUGUGCUGUUGGAGAAUUUGUUCUUGGUUUUCAAGUUACCGCUGCUUACCGUAACAGCUAGCUGGACGGUAUCCUGCGUUAAUGGAAAUUGAGAAACUCCAUUUUAAUUUAACUAUUCCUUAAUUUCUCCAUUUUAGCUUAUUAUGACUGCCCAGCGGCCGAUUAUUCCA